AUGCUGUAUAUUGCCGCUCUCGCGCUGAUCACAUUUGCCUCCACCUUCAUGGUAGCGGACACGGUGGCGAACAUAUGGCAGCUGCUGAGCCGCGGACGUGUCGCCCUCAUUUCCUAUAGCGUCUGGAUGGCCGCCCUCACGCUGACGGUGUUGGGCACGGACUGGCUGACAAUGUUGGGCCUGUUGCACGCGCUGAUCUUCGUCGGCUGCUGGUGGCUCGUUUGUGAUGGCGAUGGUGCCGCGCACGCAUCUUCCACUCGCGACGACUAUGUGCGCUUCCCCGUGACUGUUUACGUGCCUGUCUUCAUGGUGCUCUACUUCCUUCAGGGUUGGCUGCAGUGA